UUUUAAAAUGACGGACCAAUUAUCUUCCGUUCCUCAAUGGGUGACCCAAUCUUUCAAUGGUGUUCUUCUUCAUCUUCAAUUCCGUCACUGUUAACAACGUGUUAAACCAAUUUGUUUAUUGCCUUCUCUAUCGUUUCUCUUAAUUGGGUGUGGAACUAAUCAAACAAAACUAAGAAUAUUAUUGUAAAUUUAGAACAAAUUAAUAUUGCAAAAAUCAGAGUCCCACAAAACUCGUAGAUCUGCUCGUUUUACGCUUCCUUACCUUUCCAAUCUCCAUUUUUUCGUAUUCAUUGAGCUUUCAAAGCUUCCUCCAAGAUAGUGAAGCUUUUAAUACUCAAUGGACGGGAUAGGAGGUGAAGCUGCCUCAGGGGCAGGACCUUUGAGCCAGUGGCAGCAUGAUGUUUCAAGGCUUUAUCAAUAUUAUCUGGAUAAGAUUACUCCACAUGCUGUCUACAGAUGGAUUGGAACCCUUUUUAUAGUGGCAAUUUAUGCUUUGAGGGUCUUCUAUGUGCAAGGGUUCUACAUUGUUUCUUAUGGUCUGGGUAUUUAUAUACUCAAUUUAUUGAUUGGAUUCUUGUCCCCCUUAGUUGACCCAGAGAUGGAAGUUUCAGAUGGGCCUUUGCUGCCUACUAAAGGUUCAGAUGAAUUCAGGCCAUUCAUUCGCCGACUUCCAGAAUUUAAGUUCUGGUACUCUUUUACAAAGGCCUUUUGCAUUGCCUUUGUUAUGACUUUCUUUUCCAUAUUUGAUGUUCCCGUCUUCUGGCCUAUUUUACUUUGUUACUGGAUUGUCCUUUUUGUCCUGACAAUGAGGCGUCAGAUUUCUCAUAUGAUCAAGUACAAAUACCUACCAUUUAGUUUUGGAAAGCAGGUGACCUAUCCAAUACUUCUUAUCCAUUACACUGCUGUUAAGAGUUUGUUAGUCUUGCUUUUGAUAAAUCUUUCGUGUUGUGGAAACAUUGUUUUAAGUUUUGAUAUUUUGCAGAAGCAUGGUGGCAAGAAACCUGCAAGUAGCGUUAUCACCAGCGAUGAUUGAUCUGUGGCUUAUUAUUUACAGCAAUUAGUACAAGUACUGAAUGGAGGGAGAAAUUUAGAGACUCGAAUGUUCACAGUAGCAGAAAAUUUUUUCCAUAAAAUUUACUUGUAGUUAAGAUUGCAUAUGGAUUUAAUCAUUGAAUUGAUGAUGCACAGGACAUGGUUAUGCCAAUUUCUUUAUGAUUAACUGAAGAACUGCUGUUGUAGAAACUCAGUUUAAUACGGGUCGUAAUCCUGUCCGAUCGCAGGGCGUCACUUGAA